AUGACCCUAGAUCGUUCACCUAUCCUGUACCCAAUGAUUGCCCUAGAUCGUUCACCUAUCCUGUACUCAAUGAUUGCCCUAGAUCGUUCACCUUUCCUGUACCCAAUGAUUGCCCUAGAUCGUUUACCUAUCCUGUACCCAAUGAUUGCCCUAGAUCGUUCACCUAUCCGGUACCCAAUGAUUGCCCUAGAUCAUUCACCUAUCCUGUACCCAAUGAUUGACCUAGAUCGUUCACCUAUCCUGUACCCAAUGAUUGCCCUAGAUCGUUCACCUAUCCGGUACCCAAUGAUUGCCCUAGAUCGUUCACCUAUCCUGUACCCAAUGAUUGCCCUAGAUCGUUCACCUAUCCUGUACCCAAUGAUUGCCCUAGAUCGUUCACCUAUCCGGUACCCAAUGAAUGCCCUAGAUCGUUCACCUAUCCUGUACCCAAUGAUUGCCCUAGAUCGUUCACCUAUCCGGUACCCAAUGAUUGCCCUAGAUCGUUCACCUAUCCUGUACCCAAUGAUUGCCCUAGAUCGUUUACCUAUCCUGUACCCAAUGAUUGCCCUAGAUCGUUUACCUAUCCUGUACCCAAUGAUUGCCCUAGAUCGUUUACCUAUCCUGUACCCAAUGACUGCCCUAGAACGUUCACCUAUCCGGUACCCAAUGAUUGCCCUAGAUCGUUCACCUAUCCGGUACCCAAUGAUUGCCCUAGAUCGUUCACCUAUCCUGUACCCAAUGAUUGCCCUAGAUCGUUCACCUAUCCUGUACACAAUGAUGGCCCUAGAUCGUUCACCUAUCCGGUACCCAAUGAUGGCCUUAGAUCGUUCACCUAUCCUGUACCCAAUGAUUGCCCUAGAUCGUUCACCUAUCCGGUACCCAAUGAUUGCCCUAGAUCGUUCACCUAUCCGGUACCCAAUGAUUGCCCUAGAUCGUUCACCUAUCCUGUACCCAAUGAUUGCCCUAGAUCGUUCACCUAUCCGGUACCCAAUGAUUGCCCUAGAUCGUUUACCUAUCCUGUACCCAAUGAUUGCCCUAGAUCGCUCACCUAUCCUGUACCCAAUGAUUGCCCUAGAUCGAUCACCUAUCCGGUAA